GGGGACUCGACGAGUCGAGCGAGUCGAGGAAGGGGCCACAACGUAAGGUAAGGCAAGGUAACCGUAAGGUAGUGCAGCAGCGUGCAGUUGUGCUGAGUGAGUGAUCUCCAGAGGAGUCCACCUUGGGUUGACCUCCCACCUCACCUCCUUCCCUCUCGGUCAGAUGAUCCACGCCCAUUCACCUUUUCCCUCAACGUCACUUCCCUCACCCGACGCACCUCGAAUUGACCGCCCGCCGCCCACCUAGCAACGUACACAACACCAAACAAACUUAUCGUGUGUUUUUUGGCAUACAUACCUACGCAGCAUCCGACAGCUUUUAUUUUGCUGCACCCAUCAUCACCUAUAGCUCAAUCGCUACCCCUCAUCAACUUUUACCCCGCCAUCCGUCAGAGCUUCGGUCAAAAUGGUUGGUCUUGGUCCCAAGGUUCCGCCCAGUAGGAAGGGUUCCAUGGCCGAUGUGCCUAAGGAUCUUCUGGCCGAGGUCAAGAAGCUCGAGGAGCAGUUCACUGUUCCCACUGAGAAGCUCAAGCAGAUCAGCGCGCACUUCAUCACAGAGCUGGACAAGGGUCUGAGUGUCGAGGGCGGUAGUAUCCCCAUGAACCCAACCUGGGUUAUGUCCUUCCCCGAUGGCUACGAGACUGGCACUUACCUUGCCCUCGACAUGGGCGGAACCAACCUCCGUGUCUGUGAGAUCACUUUGACGGAUCAGAAGUCCGAGUUCGAUAUCAUUCAGUCCAAGUACCGCAUGCCCGAGGAGCUCAAGACUGGCCAGUCAGAGGAGCUGUGGGAGUACAUUGCCGACUGCCUGGCUCAGUUCAUCCAGACUCAUCACCCCGACCACCCUCAAUCUCAGAAGAUUCCUCUUGGUUUCACCUUCUCCUAUCCUGCCACCCAGAACUACAUUGAUGAGGGCAUCCUCCAGCGCUGGACCAAGGGUUUCGAUAUUGCCGGAGUUGAGGGUCACAACGUUGUCCCCUUCCUUGAGGCUGCCUUGGCGGCCAAGAAUGUCCCUAUUAAGCUGUCUGCCCUGAUCAACGAUACCACUGGCACCCUGAUUGCCUCUGCCUACACCGACACUAAGAUGAAGAUUGGCUGUAUCUUUGGCACUGGCUGCAACGCUGCUUAUAUGGAGGACUGCGGCUCUAUCCCCAAGCUUGCUCACAUGAACUUGCCUCCCAACACCCCCAUGGCCAUCAACUGCGAGUGGGGUGCUUUCGACAACGAGCACAAGGUCUUGCCUCGUACCCCCUACGACAUCAUCAUUGACAAGGACUCUCCUCGCCCCGGCCAGCAGGCCUUUGAGAAGAUGAUUGCCGGUCUCUACUUGGGCGAGAUCUUCCGCUUGGUCCUCGUUGACCUCCAUGACAACAAGUCUGUGCACAUCUUCGAGAACCAGGACAUUGCCAAGCUCCGUAAGGCUUACACCUUGGAUUCCUCGUUCCUGUCCGCCAUUGAGGACGACCCCUUCGAGAACCUGCAGGAGACUAGCGAUCUCUUCCUCUCCAAGCUAAACCUCAAGGCCACCAGAUCCGAGUUGGAGCUGGUUCGUCGCCUUGCCGAGCUCAUUGGCACCCGCGCCGCCCGCCUCUCGGCCUGCGGUGUUGCUGCCAUCUGCAUGAAGAAGGGCUAUGACAACUGCCACGUUGGUGCUGACGGCUCGGUGUUUAACAAGUACCCCCACUUCAAGGCCCGUGGCGCCCAGGCUCUGCGCGAGAUCCUUGACUGGCCUGCUAAGACCAACCCUAAGGAGGAAGAUCCCGUCGAGAUUCUUGCAGCAGAGGACGGGAGUGGUGUCGGCGCAGCCCUGAUUGCUGCCUUGACCCUUAAGAGAGUCCAGAACGGCAACAUGGCUGGCAUUCUCCACCCCGAGAACUUCACGUCAUAGUCCUCUCAAGGUGGGGUGUGAAUCGCGAGGAUGGUUUGAGGAGGAAUGAGAUUAAACAAAAGCGAAGUCUUGCUAGAUGAGGGGUUUUGUUGACAGGAAGUUUUAUCUGCAUUGGUUCUACGGUUAUGUCCACCGGACCUACUAGAUAGCUCAUACAAGCAGUAUUCCUACC